AUGAGUUUGCAGGAUUUUCUCCAGGACGAAAAUGUCGACAUGGCAUCGAUCUCCGUCCCAAUUGAGAAUCUGUAUGGUUAUGAUGAUGGGUAUUCUAGAGGUGGUGGGUACCACGAACACAGCACAUUGGGACCUCCAUAUAUUGUCAAAUUAGUCAAUUUGCCUGUCACAGCCAACGACGCAUUUGUUCAAGAUUUAUUUCAGAGUAGAUUUACCCCUUUCGUCAAAUUUAAGAUCUUAACAGAUCCAUCAUCAAACAUCUUGGAAACCCACGUUAUUAAACAAGUUGCAUUUGUUGAGUUGGAAUCAGCACAAGAUGCAGCAAAGGUGCUCAAGUGGCACGACUUAUAUUACAAGGGCAACAGACGAGUUAUUGUCGAGGUGGCCGAUUUUAAUGACUUUCAUUAUUGUAUUCAGUUUAACCAAGAGCAUCAUGAGGAAAUACAACAUAUCCAGCAUGACUUUAUUGCUCAAAAGCAACAGCAAAAACAACCCAGACAUAUGGCUCUACUCGAUGAAUUGGACCUGGAAAGGGGUGGGUUUAACCAAGGCCGUGGAUUCCGUCAACAACAGCCACCACCACACUCACGUCCAUUACAGAAUCAUCAUCAGCCAUACGCACUGUCAUUUCAUGGUGGUUCAGGUGCUGGUGCUGGUGGGUUCACUCCAAAGUCACCCGAAAAACAUCACGUACCAAUGCAUAACAGGCAACCGUCAUUUGAUACCCAAUUUCCUGCUCACAAGCCUUUUCAUGGUCUAGCAAGCGGAAAUGCACCGCCACUCCACCAACAAGAAUCAGGACAAUCUGUACCCACCCAACCUUCCAAACCUAAAGCCAAUCCAUUUGGAGGUGCUAAACCAGUGGAUACAGUUGCGCGUCAGCAAGAGAUUGAGAAGAAGUUGAUAAAUCUAAAUCAAACUACAGUGCAAACACUUGGUGAUGAUCCAAAUGUUGAUGUUAACGAUGUUAUUAAAAAGUUUCAUGAAACAGCAUCACCACACCAGAAAAGGAGUGAGCUUUCGCAUGGACGUAGACAGUCAAAUACAGAGAGGAGAUCACUGGUUUCUAUAUUAAGGAGAGGCUCACAGGAUCAACAACAACAACAACAACAACAGCAGCAGCAGCAGCAUCAGCAGACUAUUCCAGUCCAUCCCCAACCUCAACAAGCAGCUUCAAACUUGACAACUGCUUCACAACCACUGGAAAACCUCGGUUGGGCAAAUAACACGGGUAAAUCAUUAGCACAGUUAUUAAGCGAACGUUCAGAUUUUGUGGCUAGUUCACCUACUGGUGGAAAAAAUACACCGCCAACCCCAACAGUAAAACCACCUGUAAUACUUAAAAAGAAGACAUUAUCAUCACCUCCCGCUGUUAAGCUUGAUCUCACAGUAAAGGAAUUCGCUGUCGAAGCAGAGCUGCCAGCGGCUAUUUUAAACGAUGGCAAAGCAAAAGCAUCAACAUAUGCACCUUCUUAUAAAUCACACCCACAGCAAGGGCGUCCACCAAAUGAAUCAAAUAAAAAAGGGCAACAGGGAUUUUCAAAGGAAGUCAAUCACAAGAGCCCCUCUUAUCAAAGGCCAAUACGGCAAAAACGUGACUCCUCAGAUCCCGACAGGCCAAACUUUAAGAAGCUUUUUGAAGAUUUAUCGUUAGGAGAGCCAGAUUCGGUACAACAAAAUUUGUAUCAGAGGCAAUCAGGAUGGCACAGUGCUCCAAGGGGUAGAGGCAGAGGAAGGGGUGCAUAUGGAGGUAUACGAAGAGGCAGCCGCAAUGACAAAUAUUACGAAAACGAUCGUACCGAAGUUGAAACAAGAGAGCCAUUGGUACACUCACUUGAGGAUGAGAUUAGUUUCAAUACUUCAAUUGAUGGUGUUUCUGAAUCAACCCAAACUACUGAGAGUGACAUUCCUAGGAAGUUCAGGAAACAGCCGCUGUCGCAACCACAACACAAACAAGCUUAUCUGGCUUCCACACCAUCUAUUUCACCAGGAGUGGCUGAUGAAGCUACAAUUGGUGGCAAGACUAGAGCAGUAUCUGCUAAUGCAACUACUAAAUCGACAAACAUAAAUACAGCAGCUACUCCGUGUGCAACUACUGGUGCUUCCACCACACCACCCAAAUCCACAAAUGAGCCUGCAACAGCAUAUCCGAUUGCAACGGAUGAAGCAACAACAACAACUGAAGCAGAAGCAGAGCAGAAGCAUGUGCCUUUAGCAGAUCACUCCACAUCCCAUGGAGAAUACGAUCCACUGUUGUCAUCUUCAACUAGAGGUAGGGGUGGACAUGGUAGAGGAAGAGGAAGAGGCAGAGGCAGGGGAAGAGGUCGUGGAAGAGGAGGCAGGGGUGGCGCAUCUGGUGGCUUCAAUGCUUCUGACCGUACAUAUAUAACAACCCCCAAGCCAUCGGCUGUUGGUUCUACAUCUGAGGCGUGA